GUUUGUCUGAGAUCAACAAAGCAUUUGAUUUGAAUGCCCUCACAUAACCGGAAUAUAAGUCUUCAUUGAAAUAGUGUUUAUUAUUAUAGCACUAUAUGUAGUUUCAAUUAAAGUAUCUGUGGACUUCAGUGACAGAAACUUCUGGGUCUCUCACAGAUCACGGUCAGCGAGCGUCAUCGCUUCUCUGUUGUGACGGUGCAAACCGGUGGAGCGUCCAAUGAUUCAACAGCUGAUCGGGGUUAAUUUUACCCUACCAACCUAUAUAUAUAACGACAGCCCGGGUGAAACAUCUGCACAAGAGACCGGCUAGUUUUUACGAAGUCUUUCGGGUUUAAAGAGGAAACAAUGGCAGUUCCUGUAGCUGCAUUACAACUGAGCACACCAUCCAGCCCCAGUCUGCUGGAGCACAACAUUCACAACAACAACAAAGAUUUAGGGAGGAUUUUAAGGGACAAUGACAACGACACUCUGCCUUUACAUUCUUCUUGGACCUUCUGGCUUGAUAGAUCUCUCCCAGGAACUACAGCAGCUGAAUGUGAGUCAAACUUGAAGAAAAUCUACACCGUAGAGACCGUCCAGAACUUUUGGAGAGUUUACAACAACAUACCCAGCGUCUCCAGCUUGCCAAUGAGAUGUAGCUAUCAUCUGAUGAGAGGAGAAAGAAAACCACUCUGGGAGGAAGAAAGCAAUGCUAAAGGUGGUGUCUGGAAGAUGAAAGUACCCAAGGAAUGCACUCCUGUUGUGUGGAAGGAGUUGCUUUUGGCUAUUAUUGGAGAGCAGUUCAGUGAUUAUUGUCCCUCAGAUGAUGAAGUAGUGGGUGUCAGCGUCAGCGUAAGAGACAGAGAAGAUGUGUUUCAGGUCUGGAACGGAAACGCUUCUUGUGCUAACGAUUCAAACAUCUUAAGCAGGAUCAAUGAGCUCCUUCCCAAUAUCCCUUUUAAAGCUGUGUUUUACAAACCACACGAGGAGCACCACGCUUUUGAAGGAGGGCGAAGACGUUAGGGUAUUUUGCACAUCACAGCCCAUGAGACGUACACUUAUUUUGGAUGUUUUGGAUCAUAUUUGCUCACAUAUUGAAGCAAUAGAGUUUAUAGUUGCUUCAUCUCGAUCAUCUUGAUUACCUCAAAAUGGAGCCCAUGGUUUAUGAUUCUCAAUCACUACUGUCAUAGAAUUAUCCAAAAUAUUUUCACUUUAGUCAAAAGAAAAAAAAGAUGUUACCUUGACUUGUAUCUGUAGCAGUGUUUGUGUGUUUUUAUACUUUGCAAAUCUUUAAUCAAAACAGCAGAUCAUGUACAUGUCGGACAUUUUUAGAUGUAUUUUAGCAUAUUUAGUUUUGUUUCAUGAGCACAAAGCUAGGUCUCUUUGGAUCUAAAAGAAGGCAAAGCAAACCUUUUACAAUACAUUUAAGGCUUUUCUAGUGAGUUUAUCAGUGUUUUAUACGUUACAGCCAAAAAACGUUUGCCUAUCAUAAAUACUUUGUAUGCUCUAAUACUGAUAUUUGAGCAGAAAAUUGCACAUUCUUUAUUGACUUUUUUAGGAUACGAGCGGAUUGUUUAAAGGAAUUUGUUCCUGAUACAAUAAAAUGACCUCAGUACACAAAUCACGAGUAGAUGCUGAGACAUAUAUGCAAUCAUUUCUAUUCUGUAGAUUUCGCAGCAGUUUUGCUGUGUCUUGGUUGUAAUUUUGUUUAAGCAUCUGUCUCAAGUCAAGCACUUUGUUUCUAACUGUGUGUGUGUGUGUGUUGAAAUAACUGAGACCAAACCCACUCUGGUUUAUGUCACCUUAUCUGAGCAAAUGUAAAGCCGUUUAUUUGUUCUGCUUUUAAUAGUAACUAGAGAUGUGUAGACAACAUGUGUUUUUUAUGUAUUCAUAUGACCUGUGUUAAAAUGGAAUAUGUGAAGCCUAACCCUUGUAGAUAAUACUGGCCCUAGGAAAAAUGUGAACAUGCACAUGACCCAGAAAAAUACAUCACAUGCAGGGACAUCAGAAGAAAAAAAGAUGUUGCUCUUAAUCUUACUCCUAGAGGGACUGCUUGAAGCAUAUUUUAGUGUAUUAGUACAAACUGUAUGUGUUUGGUGAAGUAAUGCAACCACUGCAUCAGGGUCAAAUCUGUACGAAAGCUACUCAGAGAUGAAUAUUCACUAUGUCACCAAGACACAUCUCAGUGUCUCUGAUAACCAUAGCUUUUAAGAUUUAUUUCAGUGGUGAUGUAAAAGACUGUUUUUGUAUUAUUGAAUCCUAAUUAUAUUCGGGAAAUGUUGAACCAUUGUACAUCUCACCAAAGGCACCUCUUCUGUGUUUGUUUGAGAAGAGGGGGUCAGAUUGAAUAUUGUAGGCUGCAAAGAGCAGAGCUGAUUCUUUCGAGUACUGUACUACCUAGACAUUUGAAGUAAUUGUCUAUGUUGCAAUGAAACACUGCUGCUGUGAUUUUAUCAAUCUAAUCAAAUGUUAAAGUAUUUAUGAUGAUGCUGUCUUGCCUUGGAUCCUCUUCUAAAGAAUAUUGACAGGAGAAGUUAGUUUCCAGACCACCGACUUGGCCAAAUUUGUGUUGGUGUCAUAUAAGCACAUAUUGCAGGAUAAGAGAAUACUUAUGUACCCUUGCACAUAAUGUUGACCACUCACUUCAGUCCUCAGACUUUGUAACUGAUUGUUGAUCUUGGAUGGUGCCUUGUGUUUACCAGAAGUUAAGAAUGUCUUCUGUGUUCAGCUUGUGAAAUUAUCACGUUUCUCUGUUAGUUUUACACGUGUUUGAGAAAUAAAGAUGCCUAAACGUUCAA